CCGACCGAUCCAUUGUUCGCUUCACAAAGUAAAAUUUACGCAGAAAUGGGCGUGGAAGCAUUGGAUCACGCGCUAGAGGGUUACAAUGUCUGCGUGUUCGCAUAUGGUCAGACGGGUUCGGGCAAGUCCUACACCAUGAUGGGAAAACCCGACGACCCAGUACACAUGGGACUGUCUCCACAGGGUUACAAUGUCUGCGUGUUCGCAUAUGGUCAGACGGGUUCAGGCAAGUCCUACACCAUGAUGGGAAAACCCGACGACCCCGUACACAUGGGACUGUCUCCACGUCUGUGUCGUGAUCUCUUCACUCGCCUGGAGAAGAUACAAAAGCUAAGAGGCCAGGAGUUUCAGAGCAUUGUUGAGUCUUUUGUUCGCAAGGUCUUUGGCGGAGCUAUUGUGAUUCUUACUGGUAUCAGGGAGGUCGCUUUUACCUCAAGCAUGUGA